AUGAAUGUCGCCAACGCUGGCAGUCUAGAAUACCACAGCUGUCUACGUCGUAGUCUUACUAUUUGCAUUACUCAUUUACUUACUGAGAACGACAUAUACUGUGGCAUGUACACCCCCAAUCUGUUAUUUGCACUGGGGUGCGCACCAGAUUACUGCUUCAUUCUAGCACUUGCGCAGUUCAUUCGCUCCCUGAAACUUAAGGACUCUCAAACCGGCUUUCAGAGGCAAGAAGUGCUGCGGUAG